AUGAAGGGAGUGAAGGGAAGCAACCGUGCAAGGUUUAAAAAAGAGAGAUGCUUUAGCCUUUUGGAAUGUCACAAUCUCUUUCUCAUACACAUACGCGCACGAGGCAAUGCACGAAAACCCAUUCACAUAUGUCACCAAAAUGCAAGUGGAUCUGCACACUAUCUAAUUCAUCGUCUACACACAUUACUCACCACUCACAAGAGGAUAGGUAUUACCACAUAUAACCCAUAUCCACACUCAAUAUCUCAUCAGAUCGCAAAGUAUAUCAAAUGGACGUUUGUGAUUGGCCCGAUGACAGAAGUUCCGCACGGAACACGUGGUCCUGACCACACAGGUGGGGCCAACAUGGUUGGAGAUGACGUGGCAAUAGUUUGGCGCAAAAAUGGAGGUAACUGGAGGAUAUAG